CCAAAGUGGGUGGGGCGUGGUGAGGGCGUGGAGGGCGAGGGAGCUGCUCCCUCUUGUUGGGCGGGGACAAGACAAAGAGAGAUUCUGUGCAUUCCGAACCCACUUCCCCUCUGCAUCCCCUUCCCCCCUCUUCCCCCAUUUUUCUUCCUACUUCCCCCUCCCCCCCUUUUUCCUCACCUUCAGUGUGUGCAAGUGCAAGGUCAGCAAGGACAACGUCCCCCUGCUGCUCUCGUGCUCCACCUGCCCUCGGGCCUUCCACCUCCCGUGCCUGCCUGCUGCCAUGCUGCCACCAGCGGCACAGCUAACAGAGUCACAACCCACCGCAGAGAAAACCCAUGAGUCACAAGGCCAAGGCUCGCAGGGUGGAGCGGAGAAGAGUGAGCUGCGUCCUGAGCGCAAGCUGCAGAAGCAGCGGGAGAGGGAGAGGGAGAGGGAGCAGCAGCAGCGCAAGCGGCAGUACCCGAUUGAAGACCUGGAGGUGGAAGAGGAGGAGCGGAGGGAGCUAGCUGCUGCUCUUGCUGCCGCUGCUGCUGCUGCUGCUGCUGCUGCUGCUGCCACUGGUGCUGCUGCUGAUGGAGCCCAAUCCGCGGCUCAAUCCCUUCUUCAGCCUCAUACUCCUUCUCCUGCACCCGCCCUCGCACUUACACUACCCCAGCGACCCCCACGCCCCACUCCUCUGCGGGCUGAAAUCGCCCUGGGCCUGGAUGGGACUCUGGAUCUCUCCCUGUGGGGGAAGGCCCAGCGGCAGUGGGGGAUGCACGCCGGUGCUGGUGGGUCUGAUGCGGUUGAGAGAGCUGCAGAUGUUGGAAUGGCUCUUGGUGGUGAUGUUGAUGGUGGGAUGGUGGAGAAAGGAGUGAAGGAGGGGGAGGAGAAGGAGGAGGAAGACAGGAAAGAAGGGGAGAAGGAGGAGGAGAGGAAAAAGGAGGAAGAGAAGGAAGAGGACAGGAAAGUGGAAGAGGAGGGUGCUGAUAUCGAUACUAUCAUUGACCAGAUGGUCGAUGCUGACAUGGCCAAACGGCGCGCUGCCAUUGGCCCUCAUCCUCCCAAGUCACCCCAACUCGAGGCUCCCCAUACCUGGGACAACCACAAGAAACCAGAGCUUCUUCUGGUGCCACACAAUGCACUGUCCAGCUCUGUCAAUGCCGAAUCCAGCCAGCCCACUCUCCUGCUACCCCAGUCAAUGGGCGACGUGCUACAGGUCUUUCAAUUCCACCGGGAGUUCAACCGCUUUGCGAGAAUCUCGCCUGUCCCAUUACGUAAGCUCGCUCGCGCACUUGCACAAGCGGACGAAGAAUCCGGGUGGCUGGUUUUGUCCGACCUGCAUGUUGGGUUGUUCCGGGCGCUGCUGAAUCUGGGCGGCGGGGAGGUGCCGGGCGGGCAUGAGGGAAUUGGCGUGAGUCAGAAGGUUCUGGACCGGUGGAAGAGGCUUCUGAAUGCUGCCACGUGGCAGGAGGUCAUUCGCAGCUUUUCCCCCAUCUCCUUCCCUGAAACGGGCGAGCCCCUUGCCUCCUCUGCUCGCCACCAUAUUUCACUCUCUCUCCUCCCCCAUGCUCCCUUAGCCUCGCCAUCUCUCCUCUCUUCCCAUUCCCUUCCGUCCUCCCUUCUCCUCUCCCUGCGCCUGAGCGUGCCCUCUCUGCUCCUCUCCGACGUGCUUGACUCUGAGGAGACUCGUGAGAUGCUCGCAGAGAACAUGGAGGCUGGGAUCGACCUGGGAAAGAGAAGAGAGGCACUAUUCUCACGCGUGCUUCCGCUCUUCCAUUGCUCCCCACCCCCACCACACCCCCCCCCUACCCCCCAACCAAUCCAGGUACCUGAUCAGGGCGAGCCCCAUGCCUCCUCUGCUCUCCGCCGUGGCCCACUCUCUUUCUUGCUCGCCCUCGCUCGCCUUGCCUCCCGGGGUGCACCUGAGCGGGCUCUCCCUCCUCCUCUCCACCCGCACCCCCCUUCCUCCACACGAUCCAGGUACCUGAUCAGGGCGAGUCCCAUGCCUCCUCUGCUUGCUGCCAUCGCCCACGCGCUCUCCGGCUGGCCCUCGCUCGCCUUGCCUCCCGGGGUGCACCUGAGCGGGCUCUCCCUCCUCCUCUCGGACGUGCUUGACUCCGAGGAAACUCGUGAGAUGCUCGCAGAGAACAUGGAGGCUGCGAUUGAGCUGGGGAAGAAGCGGAGCGUUGAGGUGCUGGAGGAGCGGAGGGUGCGGAAUGAGGAGGUGAGGAAGCAGCAGGAGGAGCAGCGGCUGGAGAGGGAGAAGCGGGAGAAGGAGGAGAAGGAGAAGCGGGAGAAGGAGAAGAAGGAGAAAGAGGAGAAGGAUAAGAAGAAGGGGAAGGGGGAGAAGGAGGAAGAGGGAAAGGAGGAAGGCGGCAAAGGGAAGGGGAAGAAGAAAGAGAAAGAGAAGGGGAAGGAGGAGGAGCAGGAGAAGGAGAAGGGGAGUGGGAAGGGGAGCGAGAAAGGGAGUGAGAAGGGGGAGUGUGAUACAGAUGAGGAGGUGGAGUUUCUGUUUGCAGUGCCAGAGGAAGUGAGGGAGUACAGGGGCGAUCCCAUGGACAGGCGGGCAGUAUUGGCUCAUAAAGAGAAGCUGAGGCAGGAGGAGGAACGCAUGGGCAGGCUGAAGAGCGAUUACAUUCGGCGCAAGGAGGCAGAGAAGCGAGCUGCUGAGAGGGCACGGACCGAGGUGGAGAGAAAGCGCACGGCACAGGAGCGAAAGCGGGAGGAGGAGUGGAAGAAGCGAGAGGAGGCGUAUGAAAAGGAGAUGGCUCGGUUUGUGGUUCGAACUGUGCCCCUGGGAUUGGAUAGGCACUACAACCGGUACUGGUUGCUCAGUGGUGAGCCUAAGGUGGUGUGGGUGGAAGAAAGAGGAGGGAUGGUGGGAGAAGAACAGAUGUGGCAAGGAGGGAGCGGAGGAGGAGGAGGUGAGGGAGGAAGUGUGAGAGGAGGGGUGGGAGGUGAGGUGGGGACUGGGUGGUCCGGUUCUCGCUGGUUCUGCUACACUUACCGCGAGGAUAUAGAGGAGCUUAUAGCGAGUCUGAAUGAAAAGGGGAUAAGGGAGGCGGCACUGAAAGCAGCACUUGAGAAGGUCAAGGGGAGGCUCAUAGCGGGGAUGAAGAAAAGGGGGCCUGGUGUGGGGGGGAGGGAGAAGGGGAAGGGUGGAGGAGGGGGAGGAGGGGAAGGGGAGGGCGGUAAAGGGGACGAGGAGGAGAAGGAGGAGGUAGAGGUGGAGGAGGAGAAGGAUAACGCGGAGGGGGAGGAGGGAGAGGAGGCGGAGGAGGAGGAGGAAGAGGAGGAGGAUGAUGCAGGGACAGUGAGUGAGGCGGAGGAGCACGAGGAGGAGGAGGGGCUGAAGGGCCCGUCUGCAUCGCGGUGCUUAUGGCGGUCGAGGCGAGUGCGGCGCGUGUGGAGGAGGGAGGUGAUGGGUGCUCGCACACUCGCCACCCUCGCUUACCUCGCUGCCUCCCUCAGGUGUGUGAUUCGCAUCGCAGUUGGAGUAACUGCAAUGCUCAGGUAUGCCCUUGCCCUAGCUGCUUCCCGCAGGUAUGCUACCCGUGGACUAGCUUUUGAGGCGCCCCUGCAGAGGAGAGGAGGAGCACUAGCUGCUUCCCGCAGGUAUGCUACCCGUGGACUAGCUUUUGAGGCGCCCCUGCAGAGGAGAGGAGGAGCACUAGCUGCUUCCCGCAGGUAUGCUACCCGUGGACUAGCUUUUGAGGCGCCCCUGCAGAGGAGAGGAGGAGCACUAGCUGCUUCCCGCAGGUAUGCUACCCGUGGACUAGCUUUUGAGGCGCCCCUGCAGAGGAGAGGAGGAGCACUAGCUGCUUCCCGCAGGUAUGCUACCCGUGGACUAGCUUUUGAGGCGCCCCUGCAGAGGAGAGGAGGAGCACUAGCUGCUUCCCGCAGGUAUGCUACCCGUGGACUAGCUUUUGAGGCGCCCCUGCAGAGGAGAGGAGGAGCACUAGCUGCUUCCCGCAGGUAUGCUACCCGUGGACUAGCUUUUGAGGCGCCCCUGCAGAGGAGAGGAGGAGCACUAGCUGCUUCCCGCAGGUAUGCUACCCGUGGACUAGCUUUUGAGGCGCCCCUGCAGAGGAGAGGAGGAGCACUAGCUGCUUCCCGCAGGUAUGCUACCCGUGGACUAGCUUUUGAGGCGCCCCUGCAGAGGAGAGGAGGAGCACUAGCUGCUUCCCGCAGGUAUGCUACCCGUGGACUAGCUUUUGAGGCGCCCCUGCAGAGGAGAGGAGGCGCACUAGCUGCUUCCCGCAGGUAUGCUACCCGUGGACUAGCUUUUGAGGCGCCCCUGCAGAGGAGAGGAGGAGCACUAGCUGCUUCCCGCAGGUAUGCUACCCGUGGACUAGCUUUUGAGGCGCCCCUGCAGAGGAGAGGAGGAGCACUAGCUGCUUCCCGCAGGUAUGCUACCCGUGGACUAGCUUUUGAGGCGCCCCUGCAGAGGAGAGGAGGAGCACUAGCUGCUUCCCGCAGGUAUGCUACCCGUGGACUAGCUUUUGAGGCGCCCCUGCAGAGGAGAGGAGGAGCACUAGCUGCUUCCCGCAGGUAUGCUACCCGUGGACUAGCUUUUGAGGCGCCCCUGCAGAGGAGAGGAGGAGCACUAGCUGCUUCCCGCAGGUAUGCUACCCGUGGACUAGCUUUUGAGGCGCCCCUGCAGAGGAGAGGAGGAGCACUAGCUGCUUCCCGCAGGUAUGCUACCCGUGGACUAGCUUUUGAGGCGCCCCUGCAGAGGAGAGGAGGAGCACUAGCUGCUUCCCGCAGGUAUGCUACCCGUGGACUAGCUUUUGAGGCGCCCCUGCAGAGGAGAGGAGGAGCACUAGCUGCUUCCCGCAGGUAUGCUACCCGUGGACUAGCUUUUGAGGCGCCCCUGCAGAGGAGAGGAGGAGCACUAGCUGCUUCCCGCAGGUAUGCUACCCGUGGACUAGCUUUUGAGGCGCCCCUGCAGAGGAGAGGAGGAGCACUAGCUGCUUCCCGCAGGUAUGCUACCCGUGGACUAGCUUUUGAGGCGCCCCUGCAGAGGAGAGGAGGAGCACUAGCUGCUUCCCGCAGGUAUGCUACCCGUGGACUAGCUUUUGAGGCGCCCCUGCAGAGGAGAGGAGGAGCACUAGCUGCUUCCCGCAGGUAUGCUACCCGUGGACUAGCUUUUGAGGCGCCCCUGCAGAGGAGAGGAGGCGCACUAGCUGCUUCCCGCAGGUAUGCUACCCGUGGACUAGCUUUUGAGGCGCCCCUGCAGAGGAGAGGAGGAGCACUAGCUGCUUCCCGCAGGUAUGCUACCCGUGGACUAGCUUUUGAGGCGCCCCUGCAGAGGAGAGGAGGAGCACUAGCUGCUUCCCGCAGGUAUGCUACCCGUGGACUAGCUUUUGAGGCGCCCCUGCAGAGGAGAGGAGGAGCACUAGCUGCUUCCCGCAGGUAUGCUACCCGUGGACUAGCUUUUGAGGCGCCCCUGCAGAGGAGAGGAGGAGCACUAGCUGCUUCCCGCAGGUAUGCUACCCGUGGACUAGCUUUUGAGGCGCCCCUGCAGAGGAGAGGAGGAGCACUAGCUGCUUCCCGCAGGUAUGCUACCCGUGGACUAGCUUUUGAGGCGCCCCUGCAGAGGAGAGGAGGAGCACUAGCUGCUUCCCGCAGGUAUGCUACCCGUGGACUAGCUUUUGAGGCGCCCCUGCAGAGGAGAGGAGGAGCACUAGCUGCUUCCCGCAGGUAUGCUACCCGUGGACUAGCUUUUGAGGCGCCCCUGCAGAGGAGAGGAGGAGCACUAGCUGCUUCCCGCAGGUAUGCUACCCGUGGACUAGCUUUUGAGGCGCCCCUGCAGAGGAGAGGAGGAGCACUAGCUGCUUCCCGCAGGUAUGCUACCCGUGGACUAGCUUUUGAGGCGCCCCUGCAGAGGAGAGGAGGAGCACUAGCUGCUUCCCGCAGGUAUGCUACCCGUGGACUAGCUUUUGAGGCGCCCCUGCAGAGGAGAGGAGGAGCACUAGCUGCUUCCCGCAGGUAUGCUACCCGUGGACUAGCUUUUGAGGCGCCCCUGCAGAGGAGAGGAGGAGCACUAGCUGCUUCCCGCAGGUAUGCUACCCGUGGACUAGCUUUUGAGGCGCCCCUGCAGAGGAGAGGAGGAGCACUAGCUGCUUCCCGCAGGUAUGCUACCCGUGGACUAGCUUUUGAGGCGCCCCUGCAGAGGAGAGGAGGAGCACUAGCUGCUUCCCGCAGGUAUGCUACCCGUGGACUAGCUUUUGAGGCGCCCCUGCAGAGGAGAGGAGGCGCACUAGCUGCUUCCCGCAGGUAUGCUACCCGUGGACUAGCUUUUGAGGCGCCCCUGCAGAGGAGAGGAGGAGCACUAGCUGCUUCCCGCAGGUAUGCUACCCGUGGACUAGCUUUUGAGGCGCCCCUGCAGAGGAGAGGAGGAGCACUAGCUGCUUCCCGCAGGUAUGCUACCCGUGGACUAGCUUUUGAGGCGCCCCUGCAGAGGAGAGGAGGAGCACUAGCUGCUUCCCGCAGGUAUGCUACCCGUGGACUAGCUUUUGAGGCGCCCCUGCAGAGGAGAGGAGGAGCACUAGCUGCUUCCCGCAGGUAUGCUACCCGUGGACUAGCUUUUGAGGCGCCCCUGCAGAGGAGAGGAGGAGCACUAGCUGCUUCCCGCAGGUAUGCUACCCGUGGACUAGCUUUUGAGGCGCCCCUGCAGAGGAGAGGAGGAGCACUAGCUGCUUCCCGCAGGUAUGCUACCCGUGGACUAGCUUUUGAGGCGCCCCUGCAGAGGAGAGGAGGAGCACUAGCUGCUUCCCGCAGGUAUGCUACCCGUGGACUAGCUUUUGAGGCGCCCCUGCAGAGGAGAGGAGGAGCACUAGCUGCUUCCCGCAGGUAUGCUACCCGUGGACUAGCUUUUGAGGCGCCCCUGCAGAGGAGAGGAGGAGCACUAGCUGCUUCCCGCAGGUAUGCUACCCGUGGACUAGCUUUUGAGGCGCCCCUGCAGAGGAGAGGAGGAGCACUAGCUGCUUCCCGCAGGUAUGCUACCCGUGGACUAGCUUUUGAGGCGCCCCUGCAGAGGAGAGGAGGAGCACUAGCUGCUUCCCGCAGGUAUGCUACCCGUGGACUAGCUUUUGAGGCGCCCCUGCAGAGGAGAGGAGGAGCACUAGCUGCUUCCCGCAGGUAUGCUACCCGUGGACUAGCUUUUGAGGCGCCCCUGCAGAGGAGAGGAGGCGCACUAGCUGCUUCCCGCAGGUAUGCUACCCGUGGACUAGCUUUUGAGGCGCCCCUGCAGAGGAGAGGAGGAGCACUAGCUGCUUCCCGCAGGUAUGCUACCCGUGGACUAGCUUUUGAGGCGCCCCUGCAGAGGAGAGGAGGAGCACUAGCUGCUUCCCGCAGGUAUGCUACCCGUGGACUAGCUUUUGAGGCGCCCCUGCAGAGGAGAGGAGGAGCACUAGCUGCUUCCCGCAGGUAUGCUACCCGUGGACUAGCUUUUGAGGCGCCCCUGCAGAGGAGAGGAGGAGCACUAGCUGCUUCCCGCAGGUAUGCUACCCGUGGACUAGCUUUUGAGGCGCCCCUGCAGAGGAGAGGAGGAGCACUAGCUGCUUCCCGCAGGUAUGCUACCCGUGGACUAGCUUUUGAGGCGCCCCUGCAGAGGAGAGGAGGAGCACUAGCUGCUUCCCGCAGGUAUGCUACCCGUGGACUAGCUUUUGAGGCGCCCCUGCAGAGGAGAGGAGGAGCACUAGCUGCUUCCCGCAGGUAUGCUACCCGUGGACUAGCUUUUGAGGCGCCCCUGCAGAGGAGAGGAGGAGCACUAGCUGCUUCCCGCAGGUAUGCUACCCGUGGACUAGCUUUUGAGGCGCCCCUGCAGAGGAGAGGAGGCGCACUAGCUGCUUCCCGCAGGUAUGCUACCCGUGGACUAGCUUUUGAGGCGCCCCUGCAGAGGAGAGGAGGCGCACUAGCUGCUUCCCGCAGGUAUGCUACCCGUGGACUAGCUUUUGAGGCGCCCCUGCAGAGGAGAGGAGGCGCACUAGCUGCUUCCUGCAGGUAUGCUACCCGUGGACUAGCUUUUGAGGCGCCCCUGCAGAGGAGAGGAGGAGCACUAGCUGCUUCCCGCAGGUAUGCUACCCGUGGACUAGCUUUUGAGGCGCCCCUGCAGAGGAGAGGAGGAGCACUAGCUGCUUCCCGCAGGAGAGGAGGAGCACUAGCUGCUUCCCGCAGGUAUGCUACCCGUGGACUAGCUUUUGAGGCGCCCCUGCAGAGGAGAGGAGGCGCACUAGCUGCUUCCCGCAGGUAUGCUACCCGUGGACUAGCUUUUGAGGCGCCCCUGCAGAGGAGAGGAGGCGCACUAGCUGCUUCCUGCAGGUAUGCUACCCGUGGACUAGCUUUUGAGGCGCCCCUGCAGAGGAGAGGAGGAGCACUAGCUGCUUCCCGCAGGUAUGCUACCCGUGGACUAGCUUUUGAGGCGCCCCUGCAGAGGAGAGGAGGAGCACUAGCUGCUUCCCGCAGGAGAGGAGGAGCACUAGCUGCUUCCCGCAGGUAUGCUACCCGUGGACUAGCUUUUGAGGCGCCCCUGCAGAGGAGAGGAGGAGCACUAGCUGCUUCCCGCAGGUAUGCUACCCGUGGACUAGCUUUUGAGGCGCCCCUGCAGAGGAGAGGAGGAGCACUAGCUGCUUCCCGCAGGUAUGCUACCCGUGGACUAGCUUUUGAGGCGCCCCUGCAGAGGAGAGGAGGAGCACUAGCUGCUUCCCGCAGGUAUGCUACCCGUGGACUAGCUUUUGAGGCGCCCCUGCAGAGGAGAGGAGGAGCACUAGCUGCUUCCCGCAGGUAUGCUACCCGUGGACUAGCUUUUGAGGCGCCCCUGCAGAGGAGAGGAGGAGCACUAGCUGCUUCCCGCAGGUAUGCUACCCGUGGACUAGCUUUUGAGGCGCCCCUGCAGAGGAGAGGAGGAGCACUAGCUGCUUCCCGCAGGUAUGCUACCCGUGGACUAGCUUUUGAGGCGCCCCUGCAGAGGAGAGGAGGCGCACUAGCUGCUUCCCGCAGGUAUGCUACCCGUGGACUAGCUUUUGAGGCGCCCCUGCAGAGGAGAGGAGGCGCACUAGCUGCUUCCUGCAGGUAUGCUACCCGUGGACUAGCUUUUGAGGCGCCCCUGCAGAGGAGAGGAGGAGCACCAGCUGCUUCCCGCAGGUAUGCUACCCGUGGACUAGCUUUUGAGGCGCCCCUGCAGAGGAGAGGAGGAGCACUAGCUGCUUCCCGCAGGAGAGGAGGAGCACUAGCUGCUUCCCGCAGGUAUGCUACCCGUGGACUAGCUUUUGAGGCGCCCCUGCAGAGGAGAGGAGGAGCACUAGCUGCUUCCCGCAGGUAUGCUACCCGUGGACUAGCUUUUGAGGCGCCCCUGCAGAGGAGAGGAGGAGCACUAGCUGCUUCCCGCAGGUAUGCUACCCGUGGACUAGCUUUUGAGGCGCCCCUGCAGAGGAGAGGAGGCGCACUAGCUGCUUCCCGCAGGUAUGCUACCCGUGGACUAGCUUUUGAGGCGCCCCUGCAGAGGAGAGGAGGCGCACUAGCUGCUUCCUGCAGGUAUGCUACCCGUGGACUAGCUUUUGAGGCGCCCCUGCAGAGGAGAGGAAGAGCACUAGCUGCUUCCCGCAGGUAUGCUACCCGUGGACUAGCUUUUGAGGCGCCCCUGCAGAGGAGAGGAGGAGCACUAGCUGCUUCCCGCAGGUAUGCUACCCGUGGACUAGCUUUUGAGGCGCCCCUGCAGAGGAGAGGAGGAGCACUAGCUGCUUCCCGCAGGUAUGCUACCCGUGGACUAGCUUUUGAGGCGCCCCUGCAGAGGAGAGGAGGAGCACUAGCUGCUUCCCGCAGGUAUGCUACCCGUGGACUAGCUUUUGAGGCGCCCCUGCAGAGGAGAGGAGGAGCACUAGCUGCUUCCCGCAGGUAUGCUACCCGUGGACUAGCUUUUGAGGCGCCCCUGCAGAGGAGAGGAGGAGCACUAGCUGCUUCCCGCAGGUAUGCUACCCGUGGACUAGCUUUUGAGGCGCCCCUGCAGAGGAGAGGAGGAGCACUAGCUGCUUCCCGCAGGUAUGCUACCCGUGGACUAGCUUUUGAGGCGCCCCUGCAGAGGAGAGGAGGAGCACUAGCUGCUUCCCGCAGGUAUGCUACCCGUGGACUAGCUUUUGAGGCGCCCCUGCAGAGGAGAGGAGGCGCACUAGCUGCUUCCUGCAGGUAUGCUACCCGUGGACUAGCUUUUGAGGCGCCCCUGCAGAGGAGAGGAGGAGCACUAGCUCCUUCCCGCAGAGAUCGAUGCAAUGCCCUUGACGCUUCCAAGCUUCACACAGUUACGGAGAGAGGAGAGGGGAGAGGUGAGGAGAGAGGAGAGGGCGACGAGGUAUCAAACGACGGGAACGAAGAGAGUGAGGAGGGAGAAGAGAGAGGAGAGGAAGAGGUGGAAGAGGGGAGUGAAGGGAGUGAGGAGGAGAAGGGGGAAAGUGAGGAUGAGGAGGAAGAGGUGUUAGAGAAAAGGGAUUUGGCCAAAAGUGGUGGUGGAAGGAAGAAGCAGGGGAAGAGGAAAAUUGGGGGGAGUGGGACGAAAUCUAGGGAGAGUAGGAGAAAGCAGGGGAGCAGAGGCAAGAGAAACACCGAGUCAUCUGAAGACGAGGAGGAGGAGGAUGAGGAUAUGGAAGGGGGGGAGGAGGAGGAGGAUGAGGAGGCUGGGGCCUCAGGGAAGUUUGGGGGGCAAGGAGAAGAGGAGGAAGAUCAGGGUUUCACGACGGUUGGAGGCAGGAAGCUGAGGGCGAGAGGUGGUGGUGAGGCGAAGGCGAAGGGGAAGGGGAAGGGGAAGGUAUCAGGUCGCCAGGCUGCUUCUAAUGGGAACAAGGGCAAUCCGUCUCUUUCCCCUUCUGCUACUGCCGCCGCCGCUUCUGCUGCUUUGCAAGCAGCUGUUUCCCCUAAGCUGCUGCCUCCUUCCCUCUGUGCUUCUUGCGGACAGGCAGUGGGGACAGGGGGAGGGGAGGCUGGAGCAGGGGAGGUGGUGCGGUGUGCGGCGGUGCAGUGCGGUAAGGCGUUUCACCCUGUGUGUGCGGGGCUGAGGCGCAUGGCUGCCAAGGCUGCUUGGUUCUGUACCGAGUGCCGCCAGGGGAGGAGGCGGAAGGUGGGGAAUGAGAUGGGGGGAAAGGGUGGGAAGGGUGGGAUGGGCGGGAGGGGUGGGAAGGGCGAAAGUGAUGGAGAGGGUUGGAGGCGAAGGGGUAGGAAGCGUGGGAGAGGGGAGGAUGUGGAGGAGGAGGAAGAAGAAGAGGUGGGAGAGGACGAGGGAGACGAGGAGGGAGAGGAGAAGGAGGUGAUUGGGGAAGGGAGUAGUAGUGGGGAAGAAGAGGGAGAGGACGGAGAGGAGGGAGAGGAAGGAGAGGAGGAUGAAGAGGAAGAGGAGGAAGACGAGGACAGUGAGGAGGAAAGGAAAGUGCGUGGAAGGGGCAGCGAGGGGAGGAUGACUAGUAAAGCGAAAGGCAGAGGCAGGGAAAAAGAGGAGGACGAGGAGGAAGAGGAUGAGGAGGAAGAAGAAAGGGAGGAAGAAGAGGAAGAGGAGGGCGAGGGGGAAGAGGAUGAGAGCGAGGAGGAGAGUGAGGAGGAUAGCAGGGAGUGGAGGGGAAGUCAUGGGAGAAAAAGCAAGGGAAAUUCGCUCACGAAAGGGAAGGGGGUGACUUUUGAGAAACACAGCGAGUCGACUCAAAAGUCACCUCGCAAAGGAAAGCUACUCACCAAAGGGAAGCGCCGGAGUGGUGGUAGUGCUGUUGAUGCAACAAGGGCUGGGCGAAUGCAUAAGAGGAAAGGUGCAGUGGAAGAGGAAGAGGAGGAGGAGGAGGAGGAGGAGGAUGAGAGUGAUAGGGAUAGUGAGGACGAAUGGAGGGUGGAAGGAUGGGUUAAUAAAGGAAGGCUCGAGAUUCGUAUCGGGAGUAGCAGCAAGGGAAGGAAGAAACCACAGAUGAAGAGGAGGAAGAAGGAUUGUGAGGAGGAGGAAGAGGAUGAGGAAGAAGGGAGUGAGGAGGAGGAGGAGGAGGAGGAGGAGGAGGAGGAGGAGGAGGAGGAGGAGGAGGAGGAGGAGGAGGAGGAGGAGGAGGAGGAGGAGGAGGAGGAGGAAGAGAGUGAGGAGGAAGAAAAGAGAGCGAGAAGGAUGACUCGUGGCAUGCUUGAAAGCAGCAGCAAGGGGAGGAGAGAGAACGAGGAGGAGGAGGAGGAGGAAGAAGAGGAAGAAGAGGAAGAAGAGGAAGAAGAGGAAGAGGAGGAAGAGGAGGGAGAGGAAGGGAGUGAAGAAGAAGAGGAGGGGGAGGAGAGCAGUGGGGAGGAGGAAGAUGCAGGCAGCGUUGGUGGGAAGAAGGUGGGUGAUUUGAAGAAGCUGGGUGAUGGGCGUGGGACUGGGAAGGUGAAAGCGGGUGGAGGCAGACACAAAGUGGCUUUGGUUGAGUCGACACUCCAGUCGCGUCGGGGAAAGCAGCAGCAGCAGCAGCAGCCAAGAAAGAAGGAGAAAGAGGGAAGAGGAGGAGUGGAAGAGGGGCAGGAGAAGGCAGGAGGGAAAAAGGAGGAGAAGGCAGGAGGGAAAGAGAAGGAGAAGGCAGGAGGGAAAAAGAAGGAGAAGGCAGGAGGGAAAGAGAAGGAGAAGGCAGGAGGGAAAGAGAAAGAUGAGGCAGGAGGGAAUGAGAGGGAGAAGGCAGGAGGAAAAGGGAAGGAGAAGGCAGGAGGGAAAGAGAAGGAGAAGGCAGAAGGGAAAGAGAUGGGGAAGGCAGGAGGGAAAGAGAAGGAGAAGGCAGGAGGGAAAGAGGAGGAGGAGGCAGGGAGGUAUGGGAAGGCCUAUUCUCGAACGAGAAGGAGAGACACUGUUUAA